CAUGCAAAACGCUGUAACGGAUUGUUUAAUUCUCAAUCAGACAAGAACUCAGUUUCACUGCGGUGGUGUAUAUAAAUCCGUCUUCCGAAACAAUAUUGCAUUUUUUUCUCGCGGCAUUACCGUGUGCAUUUAUAACUGUCUGAAAAUAAGUUUACUGUUAUCUUAAUUUACGCAAUGGAUUCUAGUGAGAGAGACGCGCUUUUGCAACAUCGUGUCGCAGCUGGGGUCUCUUCAAGCAGUGUCCGAGAGACCCCAAAUGAAUUCCGCAUCGUACAUGCUGUGCUAUUUCCGGUAACUAUUCUCCUGCAUGUAUCUGGUGGUAUCAGCUACUAUGCGACCCAACAGUGGAUACAAAAGUACCUAAUAGAGACGAUGGAUUUGAACGAUGGCCACGAGAAGCACGAUCACCACCACAUGCGCUGCCUCCAGGAUGGUAACUCCACGGAAGGCAAUUUCACACGGAUAGAACAGGAAACGGCUCGCUGGGCAAUGUUUGCUGCCCUGGCGACCCUCGUGCCGUCCUUCUUCGUUUCGGCGCUGGUUUCAUCAUACUCUGAUAAAUACGGACGAAAAUGUUUGUUCAUAAUCAGCGCGCUCAGCCAGACGGUGCAAAUGGCGAUAACUUCGCUGACCAUUUACUUUCAAUGGAGCCUUGUUAUGAUAGUCGUUGGUUCAGCGAUCGACGGCCUGUCGGGCGCGUCUAACACGAACUAUCUGGCGGCAAUGUUAUAUCUGGCGGAUGUUACACCGACUGAAAAGAAUCGCGCAAUAGCACUUAGUAUAUACGAUGGCCUUCUGAUGUUCUGUUCAACGCUUUCAGCAUUUAGCUCAGGGUUCAUAAUCACGAAAGCUGGCUUUUUCCCAUCAAUGGUCGCUUGCACCGCGGCAGCGGGAUUUUGCCUUCUGCUGAUAUGUUUUUGUUUGCCAGAAACACACAAACGACACAACAGAGCGACCACGCGGACAGUCUGUAAGAUGAUCAGACGUAUUGGGGACGUUUACUGCUCACCUAUGUUUAAUGGGCGCCGUGUAGCUUUUGUAAUCGUUCUCGUUACUUACUUUUUCCAAUCUUUUGCGAAUGCUGAUCGCGGCUCGACUGAGCUACUGUAUCAACUAGGUCGGCCGUUCUGCUGGACCGCGCACAAAAUAGGGUUAUUUUCCGCUGCUCGGCACGCUACACAGGGACUAGCUAGCAUGGUUCUCAUCAUUCCCUUGAAGCGCUACCUGUCGGUCGUUAACAUCGCACUGAUUAGUGCCGUCUUCAAUACAGGAUCGUAUGUUUUAGAAGCGCUGGCGACCACAACUAUACAGUUGUUCAUGGUGCCUAUUGUGGCCACACUUGGGGCGCUUGCCACAACGAUGCUUAAAGCACUCCUGUCCGCCAAGGUGCCGUAUUCGCGAAUAUUAUCUUAGUGUCUUCGUCGACGGCGAUCCUGACGACUUACAGCUUGAACCACAUCUACUAUGCCACUGUGAACGUCUUCACGGGUACAGUGUUCAUAGUGCUGGGUGGGAUGUCCUUCAUGGUCGUUCUGCUCCUCGUAUUGUUCAAGAUGACCCAGAGAGGCGAGGCCGUGUACGGACCCACUGAGAACAACUCCGCUAGACCCGACAACACGGUUGAUGACGUUCUCACAAGAUCCAUCAGCUCCGUGAAUGGAAACAGAUGAACCCCAGUUCCAUGCAGAGCAACAUGUGUUUAUUGCCUCGGGAUAUGUGAACCUCAGCUAUCUGCAGAGCAACAUAUAAACCCAUGUUUCUUUUCUCGGGACGUGUGAACCGCAGCUAUCUGCAGAGCAACAUAUAAACCCAUGUUUCUUGUCUGGGGACAUAUUAACCCCCAAUUCAUUGCAGUGAAAUAGGUGAUCCCAGGCCCCCCCCCCCCCCCCCCCCCCCCCCCUGCAAGGUAACAGGUGA